UGACUGUGUCUGUGCCUGGCUUGGCGGGCGGUGUCUUACCUUGACUGAGAGAAAAAACCUGUUCUGGACGAGACCGCAACCACCACUUUCCUCUCUUCCGCGUCGCUCAAUUUUUAUCAGUUUCCCAUCUGGUGGAGUCUGCUACGCCGACUUGUCAGACUUCGUUAUGGUUUUCUGAUAAUCACAAGUAUUUUGUUGUGUUUCCAGUGCACUUCGGGGUAGUGAUCGCCGUUGUUUGUUUGUUUGUUUUGACGGAUUUUCGAAUCAGUUUGUGACGCAAUGGAUUCCGAGGCGCAGAACGAGAAAAUUAAGCGGAUGUUUAGCUGGAGCAGCAACAUAACGGAAGGCAAUACGAUGAUGGACUCGCCGGACGUGGUGACAACAGAGCAGCGGAAUGGCAAGACACACCCGCCCCUACAGAGCCAGCAGAGCACGGUGUGGACUCGCAGACAGAAUGCUGUCAGCGUCAGACACGCCUACAAGCACUACGGUCCCAGCAAAAACCCCAACCACGUCCUCAGCAACCUCAACAUGACUGUUGCUAAGGGGACUAUUUACGGACUACUGGGAGCCAGUGGCUGUGGAAAGACAACUCUACUCAGCUGUAUUGUGGGGCGACGGCGUCUGGAUACCGGGGAGAUAUGGGUGUUAGGUGGCAAGCCUGGCACCAAGGGCAGUGGCGUGCCAGGGAGACGGGUUGGCUACAUGCCUCAGGAAAUUGCCCUUUAUGGAGAAUUCUCAAUCAAAGAAACAAUGAUGUAUUUUGGGUGGAUAUUUGGAAUGGAAACAACAGAAAUCAACGACAGGCUACAAUUCCUGCUGAAUUUCCUUGAUUUACCUAGUCAAAACAGACUCGUUAAAAAUCUCAGUGGAGGACAGCAAAGGAGGGUAUCUUUUGCUGUGGCGCUGAUGCAUGAUCCAGAGCUGCUGAUCCUUGAUGAACCCACAGUAGGGGUUGACCCUCUUCUCCGACAGAGUAUAUGGAACCACCUGGUGCAGAUUACUAAGGAUGGGAACAAGACUGUGAUCAUCACCACCCACUACAUUGAGGAGGCUCGGCAGGCCCACACGAUUGGUCUGAUGCGAAGUGGCCGCCUCCUGGCUGAGGAAUCUCCACAGGUGCUUCUGUCCAUGUACGCCUGCCAGAGCCUGGAGGAGGUGUUCCUCAAGCUCAGCCGUAAGCAAGGCAAUGACACAGCCCAAGACAUCAACCUUUCAAAUAACAUUUCCCUGGCAACACUACAAUGGGGCAAAAAAGAUGAGCCAGUUUAUGUAACGGAGGAAAGUGGUGUUGUGGGUCUCAACUUUCAUCAGUCCAAAGAAGUUCUCAUACAAGACAACGCUAAUGGACAUUAUGAGCUUGGCCACGGAGCAGGCAGCAGCAGUGCCCUCCAGUGUGAUGACUGUACUGACUGCUGCCAUCUCACCACCAAAGGCAAGACCAAGGCUUUGCUACAGAAAAAUUUCUUGAGGAUGUGGCGGAACGUAGGUGUUAUGCUGUUCAUCUUCGCUCUCCCGGUGAUGCAAGUGAUCCUGUUCUGCCUGGCCAUCGGUCGGGACCCCACUGGCCUCCACAUAGCCAUUGUCAACCAUGAGAUGAACUGGGAGACCCAGGACUGUCCCAUCUAUCCCAACUGUAACCUUACUUCUCUCAGCUGUAGAUACAUAAAACACUUACGCAACGAUACCAUAGUCAAAGAAUACUACAACACACCACAGAGUGCGAUAUAUGCGGUGGAGACAGGAGAUGCAUGGGGUGCACUGUACUUCACCGAGAACUUCACUGACGCACUAGUCGCACGCAUGGCGCUUGGCAAAGAAGCUGACAACGAAACCCUGGACCAAAGCGAGAUGCGUGUCUGGCUUGACAUGUCAAAUCAGCAGAUUGGACUAAUGUUAAACAGAGACCUACAGGUAGCCUACCGAGACUUUGCGCAGGAGUUGCUGUCUGACUGUGGCAACAAUCCCAAACUGGCAGAUAUCCCAAUACAGUUCCGAGAACCAAUCUAUGGAAGUAAUGAUCCCAGUUUUACUGACUUUGUAGCUCCAGGUGUUAUUUUAACAAUUGUGUUUUUCCUGGCGGUUGCUCUGACAUCCUCGGCUCUUAUCAUCGAACGGACUGAAGGUCUCCUGGACAGAAGUUGGGUUGCAGGUGUAACACCAUUGGAAAUACUGUUUUCCCACGUAAUCACCCAGUUUGUGGUGAUGUGCGGCCAGACAGCCCUGGUGCUCAUCUUCAUGAUCCUGGUAUUCGAGGUGGAGUGCAAAGGGGACAUCUUCCUGGUCAUCAUCCUCACCAUACUGCAGGGCUUGUGUGGCAUGUGCUUCGGUUUCGUGAUCUCUGCUAUCUGUGAGUUAGAGAGGAACGCCAUCCAGCUGGCCCUCGGCAGCUUCUACCCCACAUUGCUACUUAGUGGGGUGAUCUGGCCUGUGGAGGGGAUGCCUAUAGUACUCCAGUACAUCUCAGCCUGCCUGCCGCUGACUCUGGCCACAACGUCUCUGCGCUCCAUCCUCACACGAGGCUGGUUCAUCACGGAACCUGACGUGUGGAUGGGCUUUCUCUCCACCAUCACCUGGAUCGUGCUGUUUCUCUCCAUAAGUCUCAUUGUACUCAAGAUGAAACGCGGCUAGGCGCAUGCGACUUCGCAUAACGCGGUGCCAAAUCGUGUCAGGCCGUGCCGGACACACCCACCCCUCGAUCGCGGGCGGAACCUCAAAGCUAUCCAGCGGACGUCUCUUUUUAAUAUUUUACUCAUCUACCAAUUACCUUUAAGAGCAUAUUUUAUACGUUAUUACCAUAGAAUACUUUUGUAAAUACAGAUUUAAUUUUCCGAGGAUUUUGGAAUGUGAUCUAGGUCCUCAUUUCUUAUCUCUGGUUUUAUACAAAAAGAUUGUUUGUAAAGUGAAAACUUAGUUAAAACCUCAGAAAUAUAAUUUGAUUUACCUCAAAAUGAACAGGGUAAAGAGGUUAAUUAAAGUAAUAUUAUUUGUUCACCUUUUCUUUUUCUGUUUUAUUUUAUUCUGUAGGAAUAUUUGUACUUAAUACUGUAAGUAUAUUUUCCUUGUUACAUUUGUUGGUGCAUAAUUGACUUUUCUUAUUCCCAGCAAGAAUCCUUUAUUUAGCAUAUCAAAAAAUGCAUUUAACUAAAUGAACACAGUGUUACAUUUUAUUAAUUUUUCAAACCUUUAAAAGGUUACUUAUUUUAUUACAAGCGGAUGACAAAAAGUUGGAUUGAAGAAAAUGACUAUUUGAAUAAAAUCAAAGAUCGUUUUGUUGCAUAUUGGCAGUCCUAAACCAAUUAAUAAAUGUCAGAGUUGAAAGCGAGUCUUAGAAAUAGAGUUUAUAAAUUUAAAUGUUACAACUUAUCAGUUUUAGUAAUUUUAAUUUCACGUGAUGAAUAAAUGAACAGAGUAGUACAAUAUAGGUCUACUUGUAUAAGAAAAUAAAGAGGUUGUCACAAAUUCACAAAUUUAAACCACGUUUUCAACAAUAAAUUAACUAUCUUAGUGUAAAUAUUUUUAUCAAUCACUGUAUAUUUUAUAUUUCCAAAUCGAUUAAUAUCUGUGUACUUAAGACUUAAUGAAGUGAUAAAGUGCCUUUAUAAACAUGUACAAACCAGCUCUAACUCAUGUGCUAUGUGCGUGUACUGUAUAGUAACUAUAACUAUUAUAGUAAGAUUAGUCAUUAGUUUAACUGUACUUUGCUCACAUAAAGUUAUUUAAUCAAAAUUGUUCAGUGUUUAUAGUUGCUCCAACAUAAAUUAUUGUCAUCUUCAUGCAUAUAGGCUGGGCAGUGGCAACAUUAUUUGUAAAUCUAUUGUGAUUUUUUUUUAACAUUUAGCUAUAAAAAUAUAAAGUUGAAAGAGAAACAAAUACCUUGUCAGCAGAUACUUGUAUGCUUUUGGUAAUGACCUUUCUACUUAUUGAUUUUAUUAAUGUAUGGACUUCCAACAUUCAAAUCUUUCUUGCUUACUCCAUAUUUAAUUGUAACCACACAAAGCCACAUUUACAACUUAAAUGGAUCACCUGUUUGUUCUUCACUUUCUUCUCAGCAGGCCAGGCAACUUAUGACUUGUAUUUAAUCCAAUGCCGGAUCAAGAUUCAACUUUUGUUCCAGCCAAAUUUUGUAUACAAGGGGGUGAAAUAAACUGUUCUAAUGACUUUGGAUUAACAAUGGCUAGCUAAAUAACACAGAACAUAAAAUAAUUAAGGAAAUCUGAAGCAUUAACAUUCAAUAUUGUUAUCCCAGGAAAAACCUUGAUCCAGAUUGAUUUCUAUGAAUUUGGUGGAAUCAGUGUUGUGUUGUGAAUAAUUGUGUUUGUGUUAUUUAUUUAUUCCCAGAAUGAUUUAUGAAAAGAAUUUAGCAAAAUACUGAAACUUGAGAGCUUAUUUUCUGCUGACGUGAAAUCUACAGUGGAACAAUGGAUCUAAUAUUUAAUAUAUUUGUUUAUAUAGAUUUCUAACUUUAAUUGAUUAAUUCAACAAUCUAUGUCAAGAAUGCUGUGAGGAAUGUGCUGAAUAUUUAAUCAUGUUCCUCUAAUCUAUUGGCAACAGCUUUCAAAAUAUAUUCUUGUUUUCAUAUCACAAAGCAAAAUGUUUAGGACACCAAACUUAUUACUUAAAAAACGUAUAAUACAAAUUUAAAAUGUAUGUUUGUAAUGAAAAAAACCUUUGCUUAACAUUUCUAAAAUAGCAAUUGUAUGGUGAUUAGUUCUAAAAUGAGGAUUGUUUUCAAAUAGAGGUUUGCUGCUUUCAAAGAAGUUUUAAAUAUUCCAAUCUCAAAAUAAUUAUCAGUUUUGUGAGUGGAAACAAGAUUUGGUUAGAUCACUUUUGAUAUAUAUAGUACAUGGAGUGUAUAAGUUGGACUGUAUGGUGCCAAUAUUGCUGAACAUUACUACAGUUUUGUGGCAAUACACAAAUGUGGUCCAUUUGAAUUGUGCCAACUUAUCAUCCUACAAGUAUUUUUUACUAUACACAAUUUUAUGAUUCUAGGUUCUAUGGAGAUAUAAUAACAAAACAGCAUAUCUCAUCUUGUUCUGUCCUGAAAUUUCUUCUAAAUUUUGUUAUGUAUCAAAAUCUCAUAAUAAAACCACAAAAGUAAAAGGAAAUUAUGUUUAAUAAUAUAUUCUCUCAUUAAAUUGUGUUUUUACUAUGAAAGAAUAGUAAAGGUAACACAAUUUUUCAAACAUUUCCCAUUGUUCAGUGAUACAACAGUAGCCUCAUGAACAAAAGUAAAUAUUGUUGCAAAAUAACUAUCAUGAAUAUUGUAUAGUAUAAGUAACCAUAAAUAGUAUUAAACAAUCACAAACUUCUAUGAGUUUAUGAUUGCGUAGAUCUCCAUUCUGAUAACCAAUAUGGUAGUAUUGUUUAUGAAAGACGAGCCACAUUUCUAAUGUGUUGGUAUAAAUUGUAAUUCUUGCCCAUUCACUGACUUAUCUGCUGAUAAAGUGUUUGUUCACUUUGAGUCUGUGAGUGAAAGUUUCUGCUGAUUCUUGUAUGUUUGUGUGUUCUUUAUUAUUAUUGUUAUGUUACGUAAUGCCAAUAAAACUGUAAUUAUGUA